UCGCUGGGGAAGCGCGGGGCCUGCGGCCGCGGAGCGGGGAACGUCAUCCCUCCCCUUCCGCUUCCGGGACGGAAGGUCACGGUCCUAUCGUCGGCGUCAUGGCGGAUCCGCGGAGACCCAACAAGAUCUUGCGGUACAAGCCGCCCGCCAGCGAUAACAACCCAACCCUGGAGGACCCGACACCCGACUACAUGAACCUACUGGGCAUGAUCUUCAGCAUGUGUGGGCUGAUGUUAAAGUUGAAAUGCUGUGCUUGGAUUGCCGUCUACUGCUCAUUCAUCAGCUUCGCAAACUCCCGCAGCUCUGAAGACACCAAACAGAUGAUGAGCAGCUUCAUGUUGUCGAUUUCGGCUGUGGUGAUGUCGUACCUACAGAACCCACAGCCCAUGUCACCACCGUGGUAAAGGACAGUGCCACUCUCAUCUCUGGUAACGGUCAAGGGAGGGGAUACUGUAAAUACAAACCUUCCCCUCCCUCCCAAACUCUCCCCCCUACCUGAUUCAGUAACUCACCUCCCUCCCCUGCCCUAUCACUAGGACACACAUUGAAGCCAGGAUGCAGGAUGCCCAUCCUUCCAGUGCCAGCUCUGCUUUUGAGUUCUGGUGGCAGUGCUGGUCCUGACUUCCCAGUGAGGAACUGAUGCUGGCGCCAUGUUGAAUUGUGCAGUGGGCACGUUACAGGGAUCUCUGUGUCGCAGCACAGGGAGUAUCUACUCAAUACUAUGAAUAAAAUCUACCUUGUUGGUCAAAUGGAA